UUGUUGUUUACGCGUUCUGUAGUUGAAUUUUGGGUCGCCGAAACCCUAAACCUAGGGCUCUGAAAAUCAGUAGAAAUCAUUUUAUUAAAUCAUUAAUUUGCGCGGGUCUUGUAGAUCUCAAGUCAUAUUCCUAUUAUUAUAAUUUUUUUCAAUCAAUUACUGGUUUUUUUCCCUUUUCGGGAAAUCUUCGAUUCGAUCUUGAAGAUAUGUCUCGGUGCUUUCCUUACCCACCACCAGGGUACUCACUGAGCAGAGCCAGCAAUGAGGCCUUGAUCGAAUCGAUUAAGCUCCAAAAUGAGAGGGAGAAGUCAAACAAAGAAAGGAAGAAGGAAAAGAGAAGGGAGAAGGAAGAGAAAAGGAAAGAGAGAGAGAAAAAGAAAGAGAAGACAAAUCAGAACUCUGGUAAGUCUCAUAAUGUUGACAAUGUUCGUGUUGAAGAAAACAUUUGGGUGGAUUCUAGAGGCAAGCUUCUUCAAAAGGGAAGAAAAGCUGAAAUUGAACAGUUGGAAAGAAGCAGUCUCACUGAAGAGCACGAGCAACCUCUCUGUUCUCGCAUUCCCAGCUCUUCUUUUGAAAGCACAGAGAACAGCAACAAGAGGAAGAGGCAUACCUCAUCUAUAGAUGGUAGCAACAGUCUUGGUAACAUUAUCAAGAUCCGAUUGCCAUCAAAGAAGAAGAAAGAACCUGAUACUUCAUUUGAUAACCCACAGCUUUGCUCUACAUCCGGAAGGAUGGAUUUUCCUGCACAACAGAAAGAUGAAAUUGCUCUCAGAGCUAGUCAAGGAACAGUUUGCCCCUCUUCACAGGGAGCCCAUAACCUUGUUCAAGGAUUUCCAACUAGAACUGAUCAAGAGCUAAUUUUUUCAGCUUCUAGGCAGAUGGAGGUUGCUGCUCAAGGCAAACUGGGAACUUCAUCUGGCGCCAAUACAGUGUUGACUCCAAUGCAGAGAUUGGAAUUACAGUAUAAGGACUUAGUUGAAAAUUGGGUUCCUCCUGAAUUACAUGCUUUGGUGAAUUAUCCGGAUGAUCAAGAAUGGCUCUCCCAGAGCAAGGAUAAUGAUGUGCGUUCAGAGAAAAGAUUCAGAUCCAGCGGUGAUGCUGUACCCUGUUCUAGCAGCUUGUCAUUGUGGCCUCAAUCAAGAUACUUGCCUGAUGCUGAUAUUUAUGCAUUGCCUUUUACGGUCCCAUUUUGAGGUCACACAAGUCGAGUGAUGGCUAAUUGCUGUUGAGGACAGGUUGGAAUGGGCUUGGAAGAUUAUGGUGGCAAGUAUGCCACCUUUAUGGCAGCAUCUACUCCUGCAUUGUACUGUACUGCUGCUUCAGAGGCUAUAUAGGAGCAGACAGUAUAUGUAUUAUAUGAAGAUGUUAGUGUAAUGAUUUGUGUAUAAGAGCGGAUAUUUUUCAUCUGGAACAGGGCAACAGGCUCCCUCCCUUUCAGUCGUUCGCAUAUCAAGAGUCUUUUUGUUAAUGCUAUAUUACAUGUAAUAAUAUUCUUUCAAUGGCAUUGGGAGUUCUUUUCAAAUCUAUACAGGUGCUAUGAAA